GUAAAAAAUAAUAAUUUCCCUCAAAGUCGACAAGACACCGUAUUAUUUUCGCAGCUAUAAAUAAGCUUCAGUUCUUCAGCCAUUGUCUGAUACUUCCCAUCUUCUACCAGAUUAGGCAGAUUCACAUUCUUGCUCUCCUUCAUCUACCUGAUUCUACGGUUUAACGAAGGGGGGAAAAUGGCAAGGAAGAAGAUCAGAGAGUACGAUUCAAAGAGGUUAUUGAAGGAGCAUUUUAAGAGAAUUUCUGGUUCUGAACUCCCCAUUAGAUCAGCUCAAAUUACAGAGUCAACCGAUCUGAAUGAACUUGUUGUAAAUGAGCCGUGGCUCUCAUCUGAAAAGUUGGUUGUGAAGCCCGACAUGUUGUUUGGGAAGCGUGGCAAGAGUGGUCUAGUUGCCCUGAAUUUGGACUUUGCCCAGGUUACUGCUUUUGUAAAAGAGCGUCUUGGCAAAGAGGUGGAGAUGGGUGGAUGUAAAGGACCUAUUACAACUUUCAUUGUGGAGCCUUUCAUUCCACACAAUGAAGAGUUCUAUCUCAACAUUGUCUCAGAAAGACUGGGAAACAGUAUAAGCUUCUCAGAGUGUGGUGGAAUUGAGAUAGAAGAGAACUGGGAUAAGGUCAAAACAAUAUAUGUUCCCACUGGAGUUUCUUUUACUUCUGAAGUCUGUGCUCCUCUGGUCGCUACUUUACCUUUGGAGGUCAAAGGUGUUAUCGAAGAGUUCAUCAAAGUCAUCUUCGCUCUGUUUUUAGAUCUGGACUUCACUUUCCUAGAAAUGAAUCCUUUCGCAUUAGUCAACGGGAACCCCUAUCCUUUGGACAUGAGAGGCGAGCUAGAUGAUACUGCUACCUUCAAGAAUUUCAAGAAGUGGGGUAAUAUCGAGUUCCCAUUGCCAUUUGGAAGAAUUAUGAGCCCAACAGAGAGUUUUGUUCAUGGUCUGGAUGAGAAGACUAGCGCUUCAUUGAAAUUCACAGUUUUGAACCCUAAGGGAAGGAUUUGGACCAUGGUGGCUGGAGGAGGAGCCAGUGUUAUCUAUGCAGAUACUGUUGGGGAUCUUGGUUAUGCAUCUGAGCUUGGGAACUAUGCUGAAUAUAGUGGUGCUCCCAAUGAAGAUGAGGUCUUACAGUAUGCCAGAGUUGUGAUUGAUUGUGCAACUGCAGACCCUGAUGGUCGCAAGAGAGCCCUUGUGGUUGGAGGAGGUAUUGCCAAUUUUACUGAUGUUGCUGCUACUUUCAAUGGAAUAAUCAGAGCUCUGAAGGAGAAGGAAUCAAAGCUUAAAGCCGCAAGAAUGCACAUUUAUGUGAGGAGAGGAGGUCCAAAUUACCAGAAGGGUUUAGCUAAAAUGCGAUUGCUUGGAGAAGAGAUUGGAAUCCCUAUUGAGGUAUACGGGCCUGAGGCAACCAUGACGGGAAUAUGCAAGCAGGCCAUCGAUUGUAUCAGUGUAGCUGCUUGAUUGUGUCGCAGAGCAGAUUCAAAUUCGAUUCAGCCAUUGCUCCUACAGUGCUAGUUAAUUCCUAGCUGAUGUAGAUUUAGCACAAAUUUGAUUAUUUUGUAGAUUUGUUUUUUUUGUGUUUUGGAGCACAUGUAUUAUGUUAACGUGAAAGAUUGAAGAUCCUUUAUUGUCAGAGACACGAAUAAACGAGAUACUCGUAUAUUGCCUUGAAGAAAUGUCUUAUACGGAGUACAUUUCAGGUUGAUAAUGAAGGGUGCUCCGUAAGUAGUUCGUAACA